ACUUGUCUCUUCACAUGCCCCUCCUUCUCUCAGCCGGCGGAAACGUAGCCCAGCGUGAGGGGCGGGAGGAGGAGGUCGUUGGAGGCGCUUCUUCCGGUCGCGAGGAGCUUCCUGGUCGCAGCAGGCAGCGCUACUGUUAGAAGGUCCUGGCAGCAAUGAUGAGAACUGAUACCAUAUAGAUAUCAUUAGAUUUUUUUGGAUACAAAAUACUUUCCACAAUGCUUGGUGGAUAUGAUGAUAGAGAAGCAUUUGAAGAUGAUAUCUACUGUGAAGAGUCUUCCAGUGAAGCAAGUAUUGAUAGUGAGGUAGAAUUUCAUCUGUACAGUCAAGUUCAUUACGCACAAGGCAGUGAGGAUGUCAAUGGAGAAGAAAAUGAAGCAUUUGGAUCUGAGGAGAGGCAGAGCUUAGUUAGUAAACAGGAUAAAAAAACCAACUUUAUUAUAAUUUCAGAUAGUAGUCCAGAUAUCAUCACCUUGUCCGAUACCCCUGAUGAAGAUAGCAUCUACAAAAGCAAACUCCAGAAGCUAACAACACCAGAGUCUCCAGUGCCAGGAAGAACAUACAAUCUUACUGAGUUCAUCUCACCAAAACCUGCUAGAGAUUCUUCUCAGAUUACCCUGAAUUCAAAGAGACAGACACCAGAAAUGUCAAGAGUGAAGAAAAGGACAAAUGAAAAGUUGAUCUCUUUUCAUCGUGAUGUUCGCAUGAUUCACAAGAUCUUAGUAAUAGAGGAUAGCUCUAGUGAUGAGAAUGUAGAUGUGGCAAGCAUAGCCUCUGAAAGUGAUAAUGUGGAGAGCUGGAUGCUGUUGGGAGGCGCCAGAGAUGACAAAGAUGACAAUAUCCUCUUAAACCUUGAGGGCUGUGGAACGUCAGCCGGUGAAGAAUGCUGUUUGGUCUUCAUUUUCCUUCAGAUCCACAGCCUGACCAACGAUCCUUCAACAGUGGGGUUUUUAUCCCGACAAUGUGACAGCAGCUUUAAUGGUUCACUGGUGGAGGCCAAUGGAGAAGGUGGAGCAGAUUGGACCAUCAGUGAUAAAGACUUAGAGGCACAGGUUCGUAACUAUGUUACAGUGCGAUGUAACAACAGAUACUACAUGCCAGACAAAAAUGUCACUUGCAGAAAUUGUGAUAAACGAGGUCACUUAUCAAAAAACUGUCCUACCCCAAAGAAACUUCCCCCUUGUUGUCUGUGUGCACAAAGAGGUCACCUACAAAACAGCUGUCCUGCAAGAUUUUGUUUAAAUUGUUGUUUGCCUGGACACUACUCUAGAGAGUGUCUUGAGAGAACGUACUGGAAAAAACGUUGUAACCGCUGUGAUAUGAGAGGCCAUUAUGUGGAUGCUUGCCCAGAAAUGUGGAGGCAGUAUCACCUAACAACCAAGCCAGGACCACUCAAGAGAGCCAGAACCUCUUCUGAGCAUUCUGCUUUGAUUUACUGUUACAACUGUGCGGAGAAAGGCCAUUAUGGAUAUGAAUGUUCGGAGAGGCGGAUGUUUGGAGGGACGUUUCCUACUUCCCCCUUUAUCUAUUACUAUGAUAACGAAUAUGAUAUCAAGAGGAUUACUCAGAGAGCAAAGAAAAAAGUGCAAGAACUUCAGGAAGCUGGCCUAAUGCCAGAGGCUCUAAAGAGACCGCAGGUGGAUGAUGGCCAGAAAGUGCACGACCAUAAGAGAAAGAGGAAAAGGUUGAAGGACCAUGGCAAGAGAGGUGAGAAUCAUCAUAAAAAGCUGAAGAAAAAGUCCCAGGGAGAUACACUCAAAAGAAGUAAGGAUGAGAAGGUGGUCCAGGGCAACUACACCAUGGAAGAAGACUUCCCCAGAGGUUGUCACUUGAAUGCUCUUAAAAGGAGUAGAAAGACCAGUGCACACUGCAGCUUUAGCCUCCCCACAAAUUCAGCAACAAAGCAAAAGAGAAAGAAAAAGCAGAACUACGCAAGAGGUAGCUCCACCACGGAUGAAAGCUUAUUUCUUAUAAAACAGAGGAAAAAGAAAUCAAAACAGAAACCCAGUUGCUAAUCUGUCAGAAAGUGGCUUGGGAGUGUCGGGGGAGGAGGGGUAGCUUGAGGCAGAGCUUUGACCCCUCCCCCACCUCAGUGAUUAUGUGGGAACCAUCUAAGGACAGGCUGGGAUACCAAAAAAGCAAUGAGUUUGCGUGUGCCAUUCCAUAAAGAAGAUACCUUUGUUUAUGACAAUAAGUGAUUAAUGUAUACAAGAGUACAUCAGUACUGAUCAUUUUCUACAGUUUUUGUGUUUGGAUUGAACUUUUUUUGUGGGGCAGGAGUUGUUGCAGAGUGUAAACAAAAGGAGGGUUGGUCUUCUCUGUUACAUACAGUCUCUUUUCUUUUUAAUAAAUUCUGAUAUUUGUUAAAGCACUUCUCUUUAGCACAUGUGAUUUAUUUGCAUGUAGGCUUUAGAGAAGGACUUACUAACUUAGGGAAAUUUGCAAGAGGGCACAGAUAUUGAACAAAUUCAUUUAAAGCUGCUUCACAGAAGUGAAGUGUUUGACAGAAGUGGCAGCAGAGGCAGAGGAAGCAUGGUGAUUCAAGCUUUCUUGUCUCAUGAAGCGGCACAGCUUGAAUUACACAAGAGCAAACAGCGGGAGUCGCUUCAUCCUUCUUCUGUUGAUGCUACUGUAGAAUGUGUGGAAUGGGCCUAGGAAGGCAGGUGGGAAACAGUGAGAGAGUUCUCAUCUACAUCCUAAUUUAUUUCCCUGCCAGAACCUAUCCAUGAUGUUCUUGUGCUGAUGACAUUCUUCUGCCUUAGAGAAUAUUAUAGUGUCUUCAUCUUGUCAUAGACUCAUCACCACAAGUUUGACUGGCAGGCCUCGUUGAGAGAGCAAGUCAUUUCAGUAGGAAGCCUUCCCUCCUGAAAUCACAGCCUCUUGGGUACUCUCCUGCUGACUUCGAGGGGCUUGCUAGUAAAUGGUUUCAGGGUGGUUUCCUAAUUUACUUAACUUGCCAACAAACACAGAAGUUAAAUUAUUUUUUAAAAAGCAAUGUAUUUAAAUAGUCAUUGAAAUCUUUGUAAAAGAAGAUCUUCAGUUUGUAAAGAAUUUGUGUAAGAAAUUUA